GUUGAUGGGGAUGCGUACAUGUGAGUCUCGUUGUCUGUUCAGUGGCUCUAAGGGAGAGGUGUGUAAUGUGGAGCCUCUCCUUACCGCCCCGGACCUGAAGGAUCACCCCAUCACACAGUACUCUCUCCUGGCCAUGGCCUCUCUUACUAAGAUUCUAGUGAUCGGACUGAAGCCUUCUCUCAAAGUGUGGAUGACAUUUCCUUAUGGCAAGACGGACCCAACCAGUGUUCCCCAGCUGGCCUGGCAGUUUGUCCCCGUUCAGAAGGUGGUCAACCCCGUCCUGGCAUUCUGCAGAGGAGACACCGUACACUUCCUGCUGGUGAAGAAGGAUGAGACCGGAACCAUCCAUGUCAUCAAGCAAAGACAUCUGCAGCUGAACUGUGACAUCAUCAGUCUGAAUUGGAUCAACAGUCGUACCCUGGUGGUGAUGGACAGUGGGGAGAAGCUGCGUGUGGUGGACCGACCCAGCCAGGAGGAGCUGGAGAGCUUGGACGUGGCUGAGGCCCUAGUAGGAGAGAAGGCCUGCUAUCAGUCUGUCUGCAGCUACGCAGGACAGAUGGUGUUACUGGGGACCAAGUCAGCCCACAUCCUGACUCUGAGGAACUGGAGGGAGCGGGUGGACUGUCUGUUGAAACAGGAACGUUUUGUUGAGGCUCUGUCCUUGGCCUGGUCCUUCCAUGAGGGCACUGCCAAGGCUGUACUGGGGCUGUUUGGGGACCCAGCAAAGAGGAAAGGUGUAGUGGCAGACAAGAUGAUAGAGAUUCUGUUCCAGUAUGUGGAGCGCUCAGUGAAGAAAUGUCAGAACACGGCAAGAUACAGGUGAUGGAACAACAUUUCCAGGACAUGGUGCCUGUCAUGGUAGAUUACUGUCUGCAGCUGCAGAGGACG